AUGCCCUGGAUGGCAAGUCCAUGUGCCGAUGCCAUGCGAAUGGACGGAAUUCGAGUCAUGUCAGUCUUCCGCCGCUUUUCUCAGACUCGACGCUCUUUCGUUCCAUUGAAGAGGAAGAGAAUCUCGCAAGAGGAACUCGACACAAUCAUCCGCCUGAGGAAAUCAGGCAACACCUACCCACAAAUCGCCAUGGCCCUAGGGAAUAGAACGACGGGAUCGGUUGGAUCGGCAUUCCAAAGGUGGAGUAGAAAGAAUGGCUCAGGCGAGGUGCGAUCUCUUAAGCCUCUCACAAGCGCUCAGGUUGACGAGAUCACGACAAUGAGGCGCGCUGGCAAACCGUGGCGCGAAAUCGGAACGCUCCUCGGAAAGCCGGCUUCCAAUGCAAGAGCGCAAUAUGGUAGAUAUAUGGGUCCUGCUCCACGAAAACCUCGCAGGUGGAAUGAAGAGGAGACCAAGCGCCUCCUCCACGCACGGAAUCAUCUCCACCUCUCCUGGGAAGAGAUUUCGCGGGAUCUGAACAGAAGCAAGUGUUCCGUCGGAAAACGCUACUCGGAGGUGCAUCUUGAAGGCAAACCUGACAGAAUCCAUCAUCCUCGCAAGUUUUCGCAGGAGGAGCUUGACAGAUUGCUUUCGCUGCGCGAGCAGGAGAGACUAUCGUGGGACGAAAUAGCAAAUCACAUACCGGGCCGGUCUGUACCAGCCUUGGCAUCACGAUAUGGCGAUCUGAAACUGGAGCUGGGCAGAUCGCUCCUUCCGAGGAGGAGCUUCACGCUCGAGGAGGAUCGGCAGCUAUGGGAGCUGCGUACAAUACGCAAGCUUCCAUGGAAAAAUGUGGCGGCAGCUAUGCCUCACAGAUCCUGCACGAUAUUAYGACAGCACCACUACCUUCUUCGCGACCGACACGCCGCGACGAAGACCAGCUCGGAUGUGCAGCACCCCGAUCAUCCCAAAGGUGCCCGAACCUUUUCGACGGCAUCUGUGUCGAUGGCUCGGAUGAGUCUUCAUCCCAGAAGACGCAACGUCAUCAUGCGAACAAGCUGGACAUGCUGGGCACACCGCCCUCGACUGGCGAUGAAUUGCAUGCAGCAUUAUCGCCGGCUUUCUCAUACAGAUACCAAGACCGUAGAUCUGAAAGAGACAUCAAGGUGUGUUUGCAGCGGAAGCAAGCGACAGCGCAAGCCGUACUCGAAAGAAGACGAUGACUUCAUUUUCCAACAACGGAAGCAAGGAAGGUAUUAUCAUCAAAUUGCUGCUGUCAUGGGGCGCACUGUCGCUUCCAUAGCUCAGCGCUACAGGAGUCUACAACGACCGCGCAAGUCUUCGCAAAUUUACGUUCGAAGAGAAAGUCGUCCAUUCUCAACCACGGAAACGCAAUAUCUGGUCAGGGAACGGCAAGCAGGUAAAACGUUUCGCACAAUUGCAACAGCAAUCGGACGAGAGCCGCAAGCUGUGCAGCAAAAGUUUGCGGCUGAGAUGSUCCGCAGGGGGGUUCCGAGAGCAGAAUACAUACAACCGGAUCGGCGUCUGACCGAUGCAGAGUUUUUGAGUAUUAAAUCCAUGCUCAGCGAAGGAAUGUYCUGGAAAGAGAUAGGAGUGUCGCUGCAAAGGACACCGUUUAAUGUGAGGCGAUCCUACAAUUUGGUGGAAAAUCCGACUUGGUCACCGGGCGAGCUGUCAGAACGUAAGCCUUGGACUGCURAAGAGACUCGAGUGCUGGUACAUGCCAGAGAAGUGCUCAAAAUGGACUGGAAAUCAAUCGCCACUCUAGUGGGAGGUGGACGGACUGUUCAGGCCGUGGAGACUCGCUACCACAAGAAGAUUCGCCCGUCGGCCUCGUCAACUUAG